UGUGCGGCCCGGGGUGAGCGGCAGGUGCCUGCCGGUUGGAGACAGACGCUCCAGAGGCACAGCGCGGCGGUGAUGCCUUAUCGGAGCACGCUGCUUCAUCUGCUCGCAGGAGGAUGUGGCGGUACAGCUGGAGCCAUCCUGACCUGCCCCCUGGAAGUGGUGAAGACACGUCUACAGUCAUCCUCGUUGACCCUGCGCCCUCUUUGCCUCCCUGAGGUGCAGCUGCAGGGGCUGAAUGGAGGGUUUGUGCGUCCAGCCUUACCCUCCCCUGGCGUGCUCCAGCUAAUGAGGGCCAUCCUGGAGAAGGAAGGAAUCCGCUCCCUCUUCCGAGGCCUGGGUCCCAACCUUGUUGGAGUCGCCCCCUCCAGGGCCAUCUAUUUUGCUGCCUAUGCUGGGGCUAAGGAGAAGCUCAAUGUUGUCUUCGUACCCGAGUCCAAGAAAGUUCAUGUGCUCUCAGCAGUCUGUGCAGGGGUCACCUCUGCCACACUUACCAAUCCCAUUUGGCUGGUGAAAACCAGGAUGCAGCUGGAAGCCAGGGCCAGUGGGGAGAAGCACAGUAACGCUCUCCAGUGUGCCAUACGAGUGUACCGCACUGAGGGCUUGCAGGGAUUUUACCGUGGAAUCAGUGCCUCCUAUGCUGGAGUCUCCGAGACCGUCAUUCAUUUUGUCAUCUAUGAGGCGCUGAAACAACAGCUGAGGGAGCAGCAGCCAUUCCUCCCAACAGCCUUUGCCCUUGCACCGAACAGCCGUGAUUUCUUUGGACUCAUGGCAGCUGCUGCCAUCUCCAAGACAUGUGCCUCAUGUAUUGCGUACCCACAUGAGGUUGUCCGGACACGGCUGCGGGAAGAAGGGUCCCGCUAUCGCUCCUUUGUGCAGACCCUGCGGCUGGUGGUCCAAGAAGAGGGACCCCUGGCUCUGUACCGAGGACUCCUGGCCCAGAUGAUGCGCCAGAUCCCCAACACAGCUAUCAUGAUGGCUACCUAUGAACUGAUCAUCCACUUGGCUACCAAAGUGUGACCUUGAACAAAUGCACCAGACCCUUGUUGAGGCUGCUGGCUGUGCAUGGGAGAGCUAAAGUCUUGUGACUUGACAUGUUUUUCCUGUUCCACAAGGUAGUGCUGUUCACUCCGUAGCAGAAGGCCAGUGUGGUGAAGACCUUGUGUGUGGCAGUCUACCAUCUGCUGACAGGAUGCAGUGCUCUCAGGCCAGAGCAGUGGUUCUGGAUGGUGCGUGACCUCUAGCAUCAACCUCCAGAAAGUGCUCAGAUUCUCUGAGGUGGCAGUAAACCAGCUAGAAUAGGUGCAGUGGGGGCUCCCAGUGCAAAGCACAAGGGCAUGGAGUUCAGUGGGGAAAGAGAUAAAGGAGGAUAAAUAAAUAAUUAUAUAAAACAAAUAAAAUAAAGGGAUGCAGGAUGCCAAUUAAGCAAGUGCAUAUUUCAGCCCUUCCAGUGUCCCCAGCUGGCCAUCCCCAUCACUAGAAAAUACAUGUAUAGUUAACAGCCCCAGGAGCUCCACUCUUCUUGGGCCUGGCCUAUGGACAUAGCUGGACAUGUAGUCAGUGGAUAGGGAGAGUAAACAAAUCUGCAGACAUCAUGCAGCAAAUGGAGAUCUUGCGAUAAGGCCUUCAGCUACUCUCUGGGAUUCUGCACAUAGUCAGGGUCUCUACAUAGAGUCCUACCCCCUACACUGUCUUCUUUCAAGAGAUUCUCCAAACUUAACUGAUAGCCAUCCUAGUGCAUAGUACUUAGCAGGCAUCUUACAUCAUCUCCUUAAGGGAGCAGUCACCUGUGGAAAGAAUCAUACAGCUGAGUAAUUAACUCUGCCUUUCUCUCCUCCUUAGAAGAGAGGCCAGGGCAGGGUGUUAGAACUCAGCCCCAUGUAUCAAGAGAAGCAGGAUGCAUCCUGGCAGGGGGAGCUCUGGCCUGGGCAGCUUGUGUUACUAUAGGCCCCGUCUAUCCCUCUUUCAGGUCUGUUCUCUGCAGGGGCAGGGAAGGAACCUGCAAGGGCCCAGCUCUGCCUUUCUCUGCUGGAGGUACUAUGACAUGAGGAACAGUAGAUAUAAAAACCAAGCUGGAUGCCUGGUGUGUGAAACAUA